GUCUUCAUUUUCAUUUGAUAAGGUUUGCACUGAAGAAUUACAUGUUUGGAUUGUCAUCGAUCAGCAGCUGCACUGCUGCAUAUAUCAACUCUCACUACAGGAGAGCUGUCAAGCUGAAGAAUUAUGCCUUUGUGCCUACUUUUAUUCCAGUGGUCCUACUGCCUUCCAUAGUGAGCACACUGUUACACCACCAUUUUGUUCAGACCCCAUUACUUAUGCAAAAGUUGCAGUGUCCAGUUUGUUUAGAGCUGAAAGGAGGUGCAGUACAGUUGUUUUCUGGCUUUAUAUAUCCCAUGGUGUUGGCUCCCCUUUCAGCAUUUCAGGUGAGUCACUCGAAAACAUGGAGUUUUUAGAAGAAAUAACAUUUAUUUUGUGCUGCCUUUUCAGUACAGUUACCAUGAUGGAAAGUGACUGUUACGCCCAUAAAAUGUUCAUGAUUAAUAUGUGUGUGUGUACAGAUUGUGAGAUACUCUACUUACAAUCAGUGCCCACACUGUCUGCGAAUGCUUCCCGAUCAAUCUUAGUGUCAACA